AUGAAUUAUACAAAAAAAUAUAAAAAAUAGGAAGACUUCUUACUGAACAUGAAUGGAGAAGUCUUGGUGUAAAAGGAUCUCCUGGAUGGGUUCAUUAUGAUUAUUACAAACCAGAACCACAUAUUCUAAUGCUUAGAAAAAAAUUUAAUUGAUAUAUAGAUCCUAUUAUAUAUAAAUAUAUAUAUAUAUANUUUAUGGGGAGAAACCAAUAAUGAAAAUACACAUUUCUAAAGAUUAUUUAUAAGAUCAUCAAUCUUAGGAGAUACGUAUAUAUUAUAAAUUAAUAUAGUUUAUGGAAUCCUUUUUCAAAGUAAUCAGAAAAAUUUUAUGAAUUUGCUGAUAGACUUGGGUAAAUGGAAGAUCGAAUGAACAAAUAUGGAUUUCCAGUUUCACCUUUCACUCAUGAUUAUUGUAAAAGACAUACCAAAAUUUGUUUUCCUAUCUUAUAUACAGAAUAAGAGUAAAGUGUUGAACAAUAGCAUAAAUUUAAAGAAUUAUGA